UUGUGCUGCCGCCUGCCGCCGCCUCCGUCCAACAUAAUAUAACGCUAGCAACCCGAACAGUACCGUGCUUAAAUUUGGUUAUAGCAACAAUAUUAUUUCUGGAGCAGCGUUUGUGACCUAAUUAUACAUGUGUUUUAGUUGUGAUUAUAUCUUAUCAAAGAAUAGAACGGCUAAAUAAAAAUCUUCGUCAUUAUAGCUUAAUUUGGAAACAGUACUUAAAGCUAGCACGUUAGUUUAAAAUAUAUCCGAUAGGAAGGAUGCAUUACUUACAACGCCACUGGGGGGCGAUGCAGUACAAGAGAAGAGCAGAAGAGUGGAAAAACUGGUUUUUCUGAAAGGUGCAUGAUUUCACCUAUGGAUUUAACUCAGCUCGUGAUGCAAGACAAUAAGUGAUUAGUUAUAAGAACCCUUAAAAAAAAUUAAAAAGGUAAUGACAAAGCUAGGAUGUCCUUCCCAGGUCAUCUUUGCGUGUCUUUCUCGCCUACUUACCCUCCUCACCCAGGCUGGCUGGUGUGUUUCUUUCAUGCCUCUGACUCACGAGUGAGGCGACCUCCGCUAUCCACUCUCGCUUCUGCACAUCUGUCCGUUUCAGUUCCCUCUGUGACGGUGCCCUUCUCUCCUUCUCUCUCUCUCAACGGAAUAUGAUUCGUUUUUCUGGAUACAUUUGUCAAAAUGCUGCGGAUCAUUGUUGAGUCCGCUAGUGGGAUCCCCAAAAAGAAAAUUGGAAUCCCAGAUCCAAUAGCUGCAGUUGUCUUUAGAGGUGAAAAGAAGAAAACCAAAGCAGUUGACAAUGAAUUGAAUCCUGUAUGGGAUGAAGUGCUUGAAUUUGAUCUGAAAGGCUCUUCUUUGGAUGCAUCUUCAUUCAUCAGUGUUGUUGUCAAGGAUUAUGAAACAAUCGGCAAAGACAAGUUCAUUGGCUCGGCAAAAAUUCCUCUGACAGACUUGGCCAGUAGUCAACUGAGGUCCUUCCCAUUCAAGAAUGUGCCUUUAAUCAAUGAGAAACAACAGGUUAUUGGGGCAACCAUUAAUUUAGUAAUUGGGUAUGAGCCACCUGCCAACACUUCCUCAAACCUUAAUGAUCAACCUGAUGGAGACACUAAUGUGGAUGCAGGAAACAGUGAUGAGGGUGAUGAGGGGGAGGCAGACGUGGAGGGAGAAGGUCAGAGUGGAAGCCCAGGAGCUCUCACUUCACCCAACCAGCCAGGGAAACCCAGCCACAAACCAUUACGUCUCAGCCGUAAGAGGCAUAGAGCCUUGGCCAAUAAGCCUCAAGACUUCCAGAUUCGUAUUCGGGUUAUUGAGGGUCGACAGCUGCCUGGUAACAACAUCAAGCCAGUGGUUAAGGUGAAUGUAUGCGGACAGACCCACAGGACCAGAAUUAGAAGAGGAAAUAACCCGUUUUUCGACGAGAUGUUCUUCUACAACGUUAACAUGCUCCCCUCAGAACUGUUUGACGAGAGCAUUAGUCUUCGGGUUUAUGACUCCUUUUCGCUCAGAUCUGACAGUCUAAUGGGAGAGUUCAAGCUGGAUGUUGGCUACAUCUAUGAUGAAUCAGGUCAUGCCAUAAUGAGGAAGUGGCUCCUCCUGAGUGAUCCUGAUGACUCUACCUCGGGGGCCAGAGGUUACCUGAAAGUCAGCAUAACUGUUGUGGGCACUGGAGAGGAGCCGCCUACUGAGAGGAGAGAUAUAAGUGAGGAGCAGGAUGACAUAGAGAGCAAUCUUUUGGUGCCUGCUGGUGUCACAAUGCGAUGGGCCACACUCAGCCUCAAAGUCUACCGUGCUGAGGAUAUGCCACAGAUGGAUGAUGCCUUUAUUCAGACGGUAAAACAGGUCUUUGGAGGGGAGGGAGACAGGAAAAACUUGGUGGAUCCAUAUGUAGAAGUCAACUUUGCUGGCAAGAAGCUGCGCACCAAAACCAUUGAAAAAAAUGCAAACCCAGAGUGGAAUCAACUCAUCAAUCUCCAAGUCAAGUUCCCAUCCAUGUGUGAACGCGUCAAGUUGACUAUGUAUGACUGGGAUCGUCUAUCCAAGGAUGAUGCCAUAGGAACAUUUUUUUUUAAUCUCAGCAAAAUGUCUUCCUCAGGUGGAGAGAUUGAAGUGAGCACAGCAGCAUCAGAGCUUGGUUUUCUCCCAGCUUUUGGGCCUUGCUAUGUCAACCUGUACGGUAGCCCAAGAGAAUUUACUGGCCUUCCCGACCCAUACGAGGAACUCAACUUUGGAAAGGGUGAAGGGGUCGCCUACAGGGGGAGGGUCCUUGUUGAGCUGUCCACUCAGUUGGAUGGAAAGGUUGAUAAAAAUGUGGAUGACAUCUCCAGUGAUGACAUACUGGUGGCACAGAAAUACCAACGGAGGAGGAAGUACUCUCUGUGCGCUGUGUUCCACAGUGCGUGCAUGCUCCAAGAGCCGGGCGAGCCAAUCCAGUUUGAGGUCAGCAUUGGUAAUUACGGUAACAAGCUGGACUCCACCUGCAAGCCCCUGUCGUCCACCACCCAGUAUAGCUUUGCUGUGUUUGAUGGUAAUCACUACUAUUACCUGCCCUGGGGUGACACCAAGCCUGUAGUGAUUCUCACAUCAUACUGGGAAGACAUCAGCCACCGUCUGGACUCUGUCAACAUUCUCCUCUUCAUCGCUGAGAGACUGGAGUCCCAUCUCACCUCCUUAAAAACAGCCAUGUUAGCCAAGGAGUCUGAGGAACGUCUGAAAGAGAUUUGGAUCCAACUCAUCAACCACAUGCUUGAGGACCUGAACAGUUUCCAGCUUCCAGUGUUGGAGGGUCAGCCCAAUGUGACUGAACUGGAUCUCCAGUUGAAAAAGCUGCGUGAUGCUGCUGUGGUCAGUAUCAGAGAGAUGGCCAAUCGCGUGAGAGAGGAGGCCACAGAUGUCAAGGCUACUGUUGGUGACAUUGAGGACUGGUUGGACAGAAUCCAGCAGCUGGCAGAGGAGCCUCAGAACAGCAUGCCAGAUGUGAUCAUCUGGAUGUUAAGAGGAGAGAAGCGGGUGGCUUAUGCUCGAGUCCCAGCAAACGAGAUUCUGUACUCCAACUUCAGCGAAGAGGCACAUGGCAAACACUGUGGACGGACCCAGACCAUUUUCAUGCAGUACCCCAUGGACAAAAACAAAGGUUUGAAGGUCCCUGUUCAGCUGCGGAUCGACAUGUGGCUCGGUCUCUCUGCCAAUGAGAAGAGGUUCAACAGCUUCUCAGAGGGAAACUUCAGCGUGUAUGCUGAAAUGUAUGAGAACCAGGCCCAUGUUUUAGGGAAGUGGGGAACUACCGGUCUGGUUGGUCGACAUAAAUUCUCAGAUGUGACUGGAAAGGUGAAACUGAAACGAGAGCGCUUUCUGCCACCACGGGGAUGGGAUUGGGAGCAAGACUGGUUUGUUGACCCUGAGCGAAGCCUAUUGACAGAAGCAGAUGCGGGCCACACAGAGUUCACAGAUGAAGUGUUUCAGAAUGAAACACGUUUCCCUGGUGGGGAGUGGAAGCCCGCUGCAGAACCCUACACAGACGUGAAUGGAGAAAAGGUUCAAAGCCCAGGAGAGUUUGAGUGUCCACCUGGAUGGAGUUGGGAGGAUGACUGGAGCUUUGACAGCAACAAGGCCGUAGAUGAAAAAGGUUGGGAAUACGGAGUUACCAUUCCUCCCGAUGAUAAGCCCAAAUCCUGGGUUGCAACAGAGAAAAUGUAUCAUGUCCAUCGCAGGAAGAGACUCAUAAGACCACGGAGGAAGAAAUCUGAUAAAAUGGCUGUUACUGAAAGGCGAGAACCAGGGGAAGGCUGGGAAUACUCUUCCCUGAUUGGCUGGAAGUUCCACAGGAAGGAGCGCUCCUCUGACACGUUCCGCCGCCGCCGCUGGAGAAGAAAGAUGGUCCCGUCCGACUGCAUCGGAGCCUCUGCCAUCUUCAGACUGGAAGGGGCAUUAGGGGUUGAUGUUGAUGAGAAGGCCAGUAAAACGGAUGCAGCCAAACUAUUUGGUGCCAACACACCCACUGUUUCCUGCCACUUUAGCCGGUCUUACCCUUACCAUCUUAGAGUGUACCUGUAUCAGGCGAGGAAUCUCUGUGCCAUGGACAAAGACAGCUUCUCAGAUCCCUACGCCCAUGUGUCAUUCCUACAUGUGAGUACAACCACAGAAGUCAUAAGGUCCACCCUGAACCCCACAUGGGAUCAGACUCUCAUCUUUGAGGACAUUAAAAUCUACGGAGAUCCACAAACUAUUGCCCGCAACCCUCCUGAUGUGGUGUUGGAGCUGUGCGACAGUGAUAAAGUAGGUAAAGAUGAACCCAUGGGUCGCUGUACAUGCCCUCCAGUAGUGAAACUUAACCCCAGUGUGGCUGGCAGCCCGAAGCUGCUGUGGUUCCCGGUCACCAAAAAAGGUAGCAGUGCUGGGGAGAUACUGCUGGCUGCCGAGCUCCUACUGAAGAACAAGGGGAAUGACGGAGAUCUGCCCCUGUUGCCUCCUCGCCGGGGGGAGAAGCUCUACAUGGUUCCCCAGGGAAUCAGGCCUGUAGUGCAGCUCACUGCAAUUGAGGUCUUGACUUGGGGCUUAAGGAACAUGAAGACCUACCAGUUGGCCACAGUUUCUUCCCCCAGUUUGAUAGUGGAGUGUGGUGGUGUGAUUGCUCAAACUGCUGUAGUCAAGAACUUCAAAAAGAACCCCAACUUCCCUGGAUCUGUGAUGCUGCUCAAAGUGCUUCUUCCCAAAGAGGAGAUGUACACCCCUCCAAUUGUGCUUAAGGUUAUCGAUCACCGGCCAUUCGGUAGGAAACCUGUGGUGGGUCAGUGCACCAUUGACUGCCUGGAGAAGUUCCGCUGUGAUCCGUAUAACAUUAACAGAGAAGUCUGCAUGUCUGCUAGAGUGGCAAUGAUGUCGGCUGCCCAGGGAGAUGUUGUCAUAGACAUUGAGGAGAGACCAGCUGAGCUCCAACCAGAAACUGAGGAUGAAGCAGUAGACUGGUGGAGUAAGUUCUAUGCCUCUGUUGGAGAGCAGGAGAAGUGUGGGCCUUACCUGAAAAAGGGAUACGACACAUUACAGGUGUUUAACAGGGAACUAGAAGAGGUUGCGGAGUUCCAGGGACUCACUGAUUUCUGCUGCACUUUCAAACUUCAGCGAGGGAAGACCGAAGAUGAGGAAGAUGAUCCCACUGUGGUGGGAGAGUUCAAGGGCUCAUUCAAGAUUUACCCACUGCCCGAUGAUCCAGGGGUGCCAGCUCCACCCCGCCAGUUCAAAGAGCUUCCUGAGAGCAGACCUCAGGAGUGCCUGGUCAGAAUUUAUGUGGUUCGCUGUCUUGACCUUCAGCCUAAGGAUACAAAUGGCCUGAGUGACCCAUACAUUAAGAUUGUACUGGGAAGAAAAACACUGGAUGACAGAGAUAACUACAAACCAAAAACCCUUAAUCCAGAGUUUGGGAGGAUGUUUGAGAUGUCUUGCUUCCUGCCUCAAGACAAGGACCUGAAGAUUGCUGUGUAUGACUAUGACUUACUGAGCAGAGAUGAAAAAGUGGGUGAGACAGUGAUCGAUUUGGAGAACAGACUCCUGUCUCGUUUCAGGUCCUGCUGUGGCCUUCCACAGACUUACUGUGUCUCAGGGAUCAAUCAGUGGAGAGACCAGCUGAAGCCUUCUCAGAUCCUCCAGAACGAGGCCAGAGUGAGAGGCGUCUCUCCUCCACGCAUAGAGGGAGAUGGCAGCUCACUGUCUUUCACAGGAAAACAAUACAACCUGCAAGAUUUUGAGGCAAACACUGUGAUCCACCCGCACUUGGGCCCAGCCAGAGAGAGGCUGGCCUUGCAUGUCCUCAGAACCCAGGGCUUGGUACCAGAGCAUGUGGAGACCAGAACCCUGUCCAGCUCCCACCAACCCAACCUGUCUCAGGGGCACAUUCAAAUGUGGGUAGACAUUUUCCCCAAGAGCCUUGGUUUGCCAGGGCCCCCAUGUGAUAUCACUCCACGCAGGGCCAAGAAGUACGUCUUACGGGCCAUCAUUUGGAACACAACUGAUGUCACUCUGGACGAAACAAGCAUCACUGGAGAAAACAUGAGUGACAUCUACGUUAAAGGAUGGAUGCCAGGUAUGGAGGACAACAAGCAGAAGACAGAUGUCCACUACAGAUCCCUGGAUGGUGAUGGAAAUUUCAACUGGAGGUUCAUCUUUGGGUUUGACUACCUGCCUGCAGAACAGCUGUGUGUUGUCUCGAGGAAAGAACACUUUUGGAAUCUGGACGAAACGGAAUUUAGGAUUCCUCCUAAAUUGAUCAUCCAGAUUUGGGACAAUGACAAAUUCUCCAUGGAUGACUACUUAGGUUCAAUUGAGCUGGACUUACUCAAUCUGAUCUCUCCUGCUAAGAGCCCAGAAAAGUGCAGCCUGAAGAUGUUGCCCGGGAUGGCGGGCUCAGUCCCCUCCAAAAGACCACCGCCUAACUCACUAUUCUCCCAGAAGUCUGUAAGAGGCUGGUGGCCAUGCGCGAUCGAGCAGGAUGGGAAACAUGUGCUUGGUGGGAAAGUAGAGAUGACACUGGAAAUAGUGGAGGAGAAGGAGUUGGAGGAAAGACCUGCUGGGAAAGGCAGAGACGAGCCAAACAUGAAUCCCAAACUGGACCCACCCAACCGCCCUGACACUUCAUUCUUCUGGUUUGUAAACCCUUGCAAGACCAUGAAGUUCAUUGUUUGGCGCAGAUUCAAAUGGAUUUUCAUUGCAGCGAUUUUUCUUCUGCUGGUUAUCUUGUUCCUCGGGAUCAUGUUCUACUCCUUACCGAACUACAUCUCAAUGAAGAUUGUGAAGCCUUUUUCCUAAAGAGCAUUGCAGAGAAGCUGUCUGCGUUCCUGCUGCCAAAUCUACAGUCCCCUUCACUGUUACCAUCCCUCAGAAAUAUGCAAUAACAUCCUCUGCUGAUGUCAUAGCAGACUGAUAUUCAGCAUUCUCCUCUCACAUAAUCACACCAGUCUGCUUUUAUUUUUUGCACUCCCAGUAUUGCGUACAGUAUAUUUCCUGUGUUGCAAAUAAUCACUCUUUAAAUUUAGACAAUGAAAUCAAGAAUGUCAAGAAUUAUAUAUUUUAAUAAACUUUGUUUUAAACAAAUUUGUAA